AAUAAAAUAAAAUAAAAUAAAAUAAAAUAAAAUAAAAUAAAAUAAAAUAAAAACAAGGCUUCCAUAAGCAACCUCUGAAUCGGUACCUGUUUUUGCAUUCGAUCAACCGGAUAAUUACCUAACCUAACCUUAUACUAGCACAACCAAACAUCUUCGACGACCAUGGCAGGGGUGCUUCUAAACAUCGACUGGCGGUCGUUAUUAGGCAGAGAUGCAUCUUCUUCUUCCCUCGCGGUCGAAAAUGGGCCUGAACUUGAGCCCGAAUCCGUGCUCGAGCCCUUGUUUGUGCCUGUGGAAGAACCCGCGUUCGAACCCGCGUCUGAGCCCGAAUCCGAGCCUGAGCCGGUGCCCGUACCCGAGCUCACGCUUGGGAUUGCUACGCCUGAGAUCGUUGCGCCGAAGAUCGAGAUCAAUUUUGAGCCUUCACAUCCCUAUUACCCGUUGGGUGUGACCAUUCCGGGUUACGCGCCUAACGAGGCGUCUGUCCCUGUGCUGUUGGCGUCAUUGAGUGGCAUGCUGGUAUUUGCGCUGGUAGGAGCUUCUGCGCUAGCAUUGAGGGUGAAUCCGAAUUUGACAAGAACGAACUUGAUUCGGGUUUGCUGGUUUGUUCUAUGCGGGUGUUUACACUGCUUCUUUGAAGGAUACUUCAUCUUCAAUCACGCUACACUCGCGUCGUCACAAAAUGUAUUUGCACAGCUGUGGAAGGAGUACGCGCUAUCAGACUCGCGUUACCUGAGGUCCGACUUCUUCAUGCUAAGCAUCGAGAGCAUCACGGUGUUCAUCUUGGGACCUCUCUGCUUCGCUAAUGCUGUUGCUAUUGUCCGAGGGAGCCCCGCACGGCAUGCACUUCGCAUCGUCGCAUGCAUAGCACACCUAUAUGGCGUGGCUUUAUAUUACGCCACGAGCCUCUGCGAGCUUUACUUCACGGGCCGCUCCCAUAGUCGACCCGAGGCCCAAUACUUUUGGCUUUACUACUUUGCCUUCAACCUUCCGUGGGCCAUUAUCCCAGCAGUCCUUUUAUAUGAUAGUGUCAGGACUAUAACCAGGGCCAUAGGAGCUUUGGAAAGAGUUGAUGUCACACUAGAUUCUCAUCGCCACAGACUUAACGGGGCAAACGGCGUUUCUGAGACCAAAAAGACAAGAUGAAACUGGAUAGUAGUUGGUUUGAAAAUGGGAAACGAUUUUUUUUUAUUAAAACAACGAAUUUUUAGCGUUCAAAUUGUUACAUUCUUAUAAGAUUUCACGGUGGAAUUUUUUUUAACAUUUCAUGUAACAUUCGUCCAACAUAUGAGGAUUUCUUGGACUAAAUAGCUGUUUUAGUUAAGUUU